GGCUUAGUCUCUAGGCCUAUUUGAUGCUAUAAAAAUGGAGGCGGGAAGAGAGAGAGGGAGGGAGGGAGAAAGAGAGAGACAGAGCAAUGAAUCAGACAGUGCAGAAGAACACCUUGUACGUAGGUGGAUUGGCGGAGGAAGUGAACGAGGCGAUCUUGCACGCAGCCUUCAUACCGUUUGGAGACAUCAAGGAUGUGAAGACGCCGCUAGACCAGGCCACGCAGAAGCACCGCUCUUUCGGCUUCGUCACUUUUCUGGAGAGAGAAGAUGCCUCCGCCGCCAUGGACAAUAUGGACGGCGCCGAACUCUACGGCCGCGUACUCACCGUUAAUUACGCUCUCCCGGAGCGCAUCAAGGGUGGCGAGCAGGGUUGGGCUGCCCAACCUAUUUGGGCGGAUGCCGAUACAUGGUUCGAAAGACAACAGCAAGAAGAGGAAAUGCAGAAACUCCAAGCAGAGCACAGGGCUGCCAUGGAGACUGCAGAGGAAUUACACAGGAAAAAAAUGGCAGAGGAGCGAGAAGGAGAGAAGGAAGAUGGAGAUAUCAAAGAUGAUCCCAUGGCACAAGCUGAAGCUGAGGUUUUAAGAGAAAAUGCAAGUUCUUAGUUAGUAAGCAAUUGCUGCACCCAAGCAUGUUUUAAAUUUUUUAGAAGAUGUGUACUUUAAAGAAUUUUUGUGAAGAAUCCAAUCCCCUUUAACUGGAAAUGUUUCUUUCUUGCUUGCAUUGGCUUUGAAAUUGAAUCAUUACC